AUGGGUUGUUGUUACUCGAGAAAUGACGAUGAUUCUUUUGGGCAUGAAGGGUCUGAUGAAAACCAUGUUCCCCGAGGAGGUAAUAAACCAUUUACUAAAAAAGGUAUGACAUGGACAUCAGAAUCUCCAGUAACGAUCUUUAAUUUAAAGCAACAACGCGACGCGUUUUGGGAUACAGCACCUAGUUACGAAGGUCGUUUGGAAAUUUGGCAAGCUCUCCGGUGCGCGUGUGAAUCUGAAGAUUUGGUUUUAUCUCAAGCUAUUAUUGAUUCUGCAAAUGUUACGAUUCCAACAGGAAAUUUAGCCGAUGGUUGUUAUGAUGAACUUGGGAAUAAAUAUGUUAUACCAUUAUAUUGUAUCGUUGAGCCAACAAAUCUUAUAGACUAUAAUGCUGAAGGUUCUUCAGAACGGGAAGAUCUUGAUUCAAAAUUACUUGAUGAAGAACUUACGGGGUCAGAACAUAUUAUUACAAUAAGAUUAUCAUCAAAUGCAAAAGAUGUUAAACUUAAUUAUAAUCCAAAAUUGGAUACUAUUGCUACUUUAAGAGCAAAAUUAUGUACGAAUCAAAAUUUGGAGAUCAAAAAAUAUCAUGUUAGAUUUUUCCUCUUAGGUCGUAUAUUUGAAGAUAAAACAAGACUAUGUGAUGUUUCACUUGAGAAUGAACAAAUAUUGCAAGCCUUUAUUUCUGAAAAAUUUUAA